GUCUCCUCCGGUUCCCGGAGACCCCGCAGCGCCUUCUGAGCGCGCACCCACCGCUCGCCGGCGCCUACGAAUGCGGGGCUGGAGCUGGGGGUAAAUCGGAGCAGGCGACAGGCCCGAGGCGGGUUGUGGUCCAGUAUCAGAAACAAAACCUAUACGGUGCGUAGAUGCGCAAACGGACGACCAUCUUUCAGCCGCUUUUCCCAUCUACAAAAUGGGACGAACAUGACGUAUGCUAUAGGGUCGCUGAAGGAUUCAACGAGGGGGCGAAAAAAGGCCACUUAAAGCGAGCCAGGUGCAAAGAGGAGCGCAGUGCCCGUUCUUUCUCCAUUCCUCGCCCAGAUUUAAAGUGAUGAGGCCCUGCCCUGCAGAUGUGAGCGCCCCGAAGUCCUCAAUUGAUGGGAACUGUGUUAGCGUCCCCAAGAAACUACCUGGAGUCAAACUUUACCGUGUGGAAGUUUUAGCCGCCAGCAUCUCGGUUUCAACCGCCAGAAGCUACUGACUCCAUAUAUAGGAGGAGCCGCUAGCAAUGUGGGAAAAAUCCGCUCACAACAGUUGAGUGAAAACAUUGACCAGGGACGCCACACCGAGCCCUCAGGCGCUCCCCAUUGAGCGUGCGCACUGCUCGUGCGGGGGUGGGCGGGUCUUCUGUGCCACUUCCGCUUCCGCUUCCAAAUAAAAUCUCCCGCCACCUGGACCGAGCGGCGUUUGCUUGUGAUUUUGUGAGAGUUUGGCUUCUUGCAGUGAACAGGAUGCAGUUUUCUGGAGGAAAUCGGAGGAAGAAGCUGAGGUUGACAGGUGACCAGAAGAAUGUGAGCUACCCUCAUAGCCUUCAGUUUUACCUGCAGCCACCUUCUGAAAACAUAUCUUUGAUAGAGUUUGAAAACUUGGCUAUCGAUAGAGUUAAAUUGCUCAAGACAGUGGAAAAUCUUGGUGUGAGCUAUGUGAAAGGAACUGAGCAAUACCAGAGUAAGCUGGAAGCUGAGAUUCGAAAGGUCAAGUUCUCCUAUAGAGAAAAUUUAGAAGAUGAAUAUGAACCACGAAGAAGAGAUCAUAUUUCUCAUUUUAUUUUGCGCCUUGCUUAUUGCCAGUCUGAGGAUCUUAGACGCUGGUUCAUUCAACAAGAAAUGGAUCUCCUCCGAUUUCGGUUUAGUAUUUUACCCAAGGACAAAAUUCAGAGUUUCUUGAAGGAUAGCCACUUGCAGUUUGAGGCUAUAAAUGAUGAAGAGAAGACUCUGCGAGAACAGGACAUUAUUGCCUCAUCACCGAGUUUAAGCGGGACUCAAUUGGAGAUGGAGUCAGUUUAUAAGAUCCCUUUUGCUGAUGCUCUGGAUUUGUUCCGAGGAAGGAAGGUCUAUUUGGAAGAUGGUUUUGCAUUUGUGCCUCUUAAGGACAUUGUAGCAAUCAUCCUCAAUGAAUUCAGAGCCAAACUGUCCAAAGCCUUAGCAUUAACAGCCAGGUCCUUGCCCGCUGUGCAGUCUGAUGAGAGACUUCAGCCUUUGCUCAACCACCUCAGUCAUUCCUACACUGGCCAAGAUUAUAACACGCAGGGAAAUGCUGGGAAGAUUUCCUUAGAUCAGAUUGAUUCGUUUUCUACCAAAUCCUUCCCACCUUGCAUGCGUCAGUUACAUAAAGCCUUGCGGGAAAACCAUCAUCUUCGCCAUGGAGGCCGAAUGCAGUAUGGUCUCUUCCUGAAGGGCAUUGGCUUAACGUUGGAACAGGCAUUACAGUUCUGGAAGCAAGAAUUUAUCAAAGGGAAGAUGGACCCAGACAAGUUUGAUAAGUGUUAUUCUUACAACAUCCGCCAUAGCUUCGGAAAAGAAGGCAAGAGGACAGACUAUACACCUUUCAGUUGUCUGAAGAUUAUCCUAACCAAUCCACCAGGCCAGGGGGAUUAUCAUGGGUGCCCAUUCCGUCACAGUGACCUGGAGCUGCUGAAGCAGAAGUUGCAGUCAUACAAGAUCUCUCCUGGAGGGAUAAACGAGAUUUUGGAUUUAGUCAAGGGGACACAUUACCAGGUGGCCUGUCAGAAGUACUUUGAGAUGAUACAUAAUGUGGAUGAUUGUGGCUUUUCUUUGAGUCAUCCCAAUCAGUUCUUUUUUGAGAGCCAACGGAUCCUAAAUGGUGGUAAAGACAUCAAGAAGGAAUCCAGUCAACCAGAAGCUCCCCAACCCAAACCAAGUGUCCAGAAAAACAAGGAUGCAUCAUCUGCUCUGGCCUCUUUAAAUUCCUCUAUGGAAAUGGAUAUGGAAGGCCUAGAAGAUUACUUUAGUCAAUGACUCCUGUGUGGUUUAGUAAUCAUUUUUCACUAGCCAUAUUCUUUUUUAACCCUUUUGUUUAACUUCUCAUUAUACCUUACUCCAGUUCAUCUACACACCUACCAGAUUUGCAGUUAUACAAGCUCUUCACUAUAUUUUGCUUCAACUAAAGGGAAGAGGAAGAGAUUGUAUAGAAGUCCAGCUGAUUUCUAGACUGGCUAAUGUCCCCAGAAACAACAUGGGUAAAAGCAAUGUAGCUAAAAGCAACUUUAAUCUUAACCCAAUAUCAUUUUGAAAUUUUGACCCAAUCCUUUACUGGACUAUUUUCAUUAAUAAAUAUCAGAAUGUA